AUUGUAAGAAGAUGGAACGGUCUAACACUACACGGACUGCACAAGUCCUAUGGGUUACUGGGAACAGCGACUUCGAGGGUGACGGCGGGAGUAAGAAUUCCGAUAGAACACCAAGGAUGGGAAGGAGUGCUAUCGUACCAUUCACACAGGGACUUUGUUACUUGUCCAUCUAACAACGUACCCUUAGUCAAGAAUCAUCAGCUGAUAAAUGAGGACGCUGGCUGUGGAGUUUACCCUUGGAUGGUCAUUCCAAGACCACAGAGGCCAGGCUGUCGCCAUGGUCCCACACCUUUGAAAACGUCAUCAUCAACUUCAAAUCAUGCACCACGAAGCGCAUUCACAACCGUGCAACAACUAGAAAUAGAAAAGGAAUUCCUCUACGAUCAUUACGUCAGCCGUGUGCGGCGAAUAGAGAUCGUGAUGGCCCUCGACUUGUCUGAAAAACAGGUGAGGACUUGGUUCCAAAACCGACGCAUGAAGUUGAAGAGAGAGGCAAAAAACGUGGAAGAAGUCCUACAUGUGGAGAUCAGAGAAAGGUUAAAAUCAAUUCGUUAAACAUGUUUGAGUUAUUCUAUCCUUUACACAGUAAAUUUUGAUAGGCAAUAUACUUUAUAUGCCCUUUUUUCCCUAAUUUAUUUUUAGAUACUGCGCGCUUCAAGGGAGUACACAGUAACAUGUCUAUUUGGGGGUUUUAAGCAUAGAAAUAUUACAAUGAUGCAAACUAAUCCCAGUACGGCCCGCUCGGAAACAACGCCAUACCACACCAAAUAAUGAUUCUUAAAACGCUGUUCAUAAGAAAUAUAUUAUUGUCCUCGUUUGCUUGGGCCGUGCGCGCCUCGUUCUGGGCCAUAAAAAGAUUGGAAAAAUAAUUCCCGUUCCCAUACGGCCCACGCUCUCGGUUAAUUAUAGAUUAUAUCAGUUAAAAUAAGUGGAAUAGAGGAUGCAGGAAUUUUAUGUUUUCGUGAAAUGAUUAGCCUUUCUGUAGUAGGCGUUUGAGUAUUUUAUUAGGCGAGAAAAUCCGGAGUUCGAUAUUUGG